AUGAAGAAUAAUUUGUGUGCUAUCGAUAAUAAUGAGCAAAUUUUGCAAUUACUUCUAAGGCACGGAGCUGAUGUGAACGCGCAGGAUACAGAGCAGUGGACACCAUUGCACGCAGCGGCUUGUUGUGCUUAUAUCGAUGUUGUUCGUCUUCUUAUUGAUAAGUCAGUAAU